UCCAGACCAUUCUUUUCUUCUCCAUUUCUGCCCCUUUUUCCCCUUCUUAUCACUUGGCUCCUACCAAGUUUUGUCCGAGUGUCAAUUGCCGGUCGAUUUGUGCUCGUUCUGUUAUUCUGGUGCCUACCUCUUUUGUACCUAAGGCAGCCCGCUUGGUUACGAUACCCACGCCUUCUUUAUACUAUACUAGUGCUUUGACCGCUUCUUUAUAUAAUAUAUAUAAUAUAUAUAUAUAUACCCACGACACCUUUUGUUUCGCCCACUUCCCUCUCCCUGACGCGCAUCUACAGACAAAAUGGAAGCAGUACACAAGUCCGCUGCUAUCGCUGUUUCUCCCCCUCGUUAUAUUGCCAAAUCCUAUAACCAUGCGGACUCGCACGCUUCAGCGCUGCGGCUUGUGCUCACGUUGAACCCGCACUGGGAGGGCCCUGAGAACAAGAUUGAGUUUGUGCGAUUCACGGACGGAAUCACUAAUACUCUUUUCAAAGCCAUUAAUCGCAAACCCGGCUUGACUGAGGAUCAGAUAGACAACGAAGCAGUCCUCAUGAGGGCGUACGGUAAUCAUACAGAGAUUCUCAUAGACCGUGAAAGAGAAACGAACUCGCACGCUCUUCUAGCUGGAUUUGGCCUGGCUCCGCCCCUCCUGGCGCGCUUCAAGAACGGUCUCCUCUACCGGUUCAUUCGAGGCCGUCCUGCCUCCCACGAGGACCUGGUGACUGAAAGCGUUUGGCGCGGGGUGGCCCGCAGACUUGCUCAGUGGCAUGCUACUCUUCCCACUUCCAGCACCACUACCCCUCCCGCAUCUACCAAGGAGCUGUCGGUUUUGGACGCCGUAGAUGUGAGUGCGGAUGUCCAGCCGCUGGAGCCGGAGGACGACCUGAAGCAGAUCCAAUUUAAGCAGCCUAGUCCCAAUAUCUGGACCGUCAUCCAGAAAUGGAUUGUCGCUAUGCCCACCAGUACCGACGCUCAACGGGAGAGGAGACGCGAUUUGCAGCAGGAGCUCGAGCGGGUUGUAAGCGAAUUCGACGGCGGAGGCUGUAUAGGGGAAAAUGGGUUGGUAUUUGGACACUGCGACCUUCUCUGCGCCAACGUGAUCAUCCUACCCCCUGAGGAACAGACCUCCGAUGACGGAACACAGAAGGUGAACUUUAUAGAUUACGAGUACGCUACGCCUGCUCCGGCCGCCUUCGACAUUGCGAACCACUUCGCCGAAUGGGGCGGUUACGACUGCGAUUACGGCAUGAUGCCGACCCAGACGGUGCGACGCCAGUUUCUGACCGAGUACGUGCGCAGCUACGCACAGCACCGAGGAAUUCCCGAAGCAUCACAACCGGACAUUGUGAACCGACUGUACGAGGAGGUGGAUCAGUACCGAGGAUUGCCUGGACUGUAUUGGGGUAUUUGGGCUCUGAUCCAAGCUCAGAUCUCACAGAUUGACUUCGACUACGCGUCGUACGCGGAGCUGCGACUGGGAGAAUACUACGCAUGGCGAGCUGAGACGGACGGAAGCCGAAGCGGAGGGGAAGAGAUGCCGCUGCGAGAGCGACGAUGGGCACAGGAAGCGUAAUAUGAAGGAGGGGGGGGGGGGGG